AUGGUCCCUUCUGUGAGAGUCGUUCCUAAUGCUGCUAAGCGAGCUACCAGCCUGCUGCGCACUAUUCAGUAUACGCAUCCGCCUUCAUGUCCUUGUCACUCAAACCCAGGAUAUCAUCAGUCGCCACCAACCUUUACCCCUUCAAAGCAUGCUCACCAGCGCAAGUAUGCCACGCCAACUACGCACCCAGGCCAGAAGGAGUAUGCCUUUGAGAUGGCUGCUUCAUCCAUCAGAUUCGGCCCUGGAGUGACGCAGGAGGUAGGCAUGGACUUGAAGAACAUGGGGGCACAGCGAGUUUGUGUUGUCACCGAUGAGAACGUCAACAAGCUAGAUGCUAUGAGACAAGUUCGCGAGGCCCUCACUCGGGAGGGCAUCCCCUUUGAGGUGUACUCCAAGGUUCGAGUCGAGCCAAAGGAUAGCUCUAUCAAGGAAGCUAUCGCCUGGGUCCGUCCUUAUGCACCAGAUGCUUUCCUCGCCGUUGGUGGUGGUUCGGUUAUGGAUACUGCCAAACUCAUGAACCUCUACUCAGCCUAUCCUGACGCUGACUUCCUCGACUUUGUCAAUGCUCCUCUUGGAAAGGGCCGACCCGUUGACAAGAAGCUCACACCACUUAUUGCCGUCCCUACGACUGCCGGCACAGGUAGUGAGACAACGGGAACCGCCAUCUUUGACCUGGUAUCUAAGCGAGCAAAGACCGGUGUCGCUCACCGAAACCUCAAGCCCACGCUUGGUAUUUGCGACCCCCUCAACACCAGGACUAUGCCAGCUGCUGUCAAGGCCGCUUCGGGUCUCGAUGUUCUGUGCCACUCGCUUGAGUCUUGGACCGCCAUUCCAUACAACGAGAGAACACCUAGACCGACAAACCCCAUCCUGCGUCCAGCAUACCAGGGCGCGAACCCCAUUUCCGAUGUCUUCUCAUUCCAUGCGCUUCGCGAUACCGUCAAGUACCUCCCCCGCUCGGUGAAGAAUCCUGAUGACCUUGAGGCCCAAUCCAAGAUGCUUCUGGCUUCUACGUUGGCCGGCGUUGGGUUCGGUAAUGCCGGAGUUCACCUCUGUCACGGCAUGUCGUACCCCAUUUCAGGCCAGAACCCAGGCUACAGUCACGAUGGCUACGAGGUCGCUUCGCCCCUGAUUCCCCACGGUGUCUCUGUGGCUGUCUCCGCUCCAGCAGUCUUUCGGUUUACAGCGGCUUCCAACCCGGAUCGUCACUUGGCGGCCGCCGAAGCCUUUGGUGUUGAUAUCAGCAACGUGAAGCGGGAGAGCGCUGGUGAAGUUCUCGCGGAAGCCAUAACCAAAUUUCUUGCAGAUUUGGGUGACCAGCCCAAGGGUCUGAAAGAAUUGGGUUUUGGCACGGAACACAUUGAGGCCCUUGUCGAAGGUACCAUUCCUCAGGCACGUGUGUUGAUGCUAGCACCAGGGUUGUCGACAGAGCUGGAAGCGGAGAAGGACCAGUUACGAAAGCUGUUUGAGAAUGCCAUGACACAUUGA